AAACUUUUCCAACUCACGCCCUCACACGCCUCUUCCUAUGUCACAAUCUCACCACCUUUUACCUAAAUUUUAGAAUCUUCCCACUUUCUCAGGUCAUUGAAAACUCUACCUUCAACUCCAAUUAUUCAUGCUUUCCAUUCCUUAUAUAAAGACCACCCUCACCUCAUAUCUCACAAACUCAAAUUAAAAAGAUUAAACUUUGGAAAGAAACAACAAGAUUUCCUCGGUUGUAAUCUCACCAAACCAAUGGCUCGCUCUUUCGCUAACGUCAAGACUUUCUCUGCUCUUCUUCUAGACGGAUUCUCCAACGCUCUAAACAGACGCGGAUACUCUGUUGCAACACAGAGCGUGAAAAGGGGAGGAGCUAACUCCAUGGCAGGAAAGUCAGGGGAAGAGAAAAGGGUGUCGACGUACGAGGUUUCAUGGGUGCCAGAUCCUGUCACUGGUUACUACAAACCAGAGAACAUCAACGAGGUUGACGUUGCCGAUUUGCGUGCUACUCUUCUUCGCAAAAACUUCAACAACUAAUUUCAAACAAUUCAGCGAUGAGUUUCUGGAGCUUUUCGGGAUCUGCUUCAGAUGAUGAUGGCUUAACGAAAACUAGGUUGAUUGAUUGAUUGAUUAUUUGUGUUUAUCACAGAGGGAAAGGAAAAUAAUUCAUGUCUAUGUUUGCUAUGUACUUGUUGUCAGAGAAGACAUUCAUUUUAUUAGGAUUUUUUAUUUUUAUGAUUUAUAAAAAAUCGUUUAUUAUAUUUAA